AGUUUUGGAGAGACAGUACGUACUGUUCAGUAACAGUCACAAUCUCAUGAAAAAUCUGGUAGUAGUCAUACCACGAGUAAUCAGAACGAACAGUUCGUACCUGUACUCGUAACUGUAUCCGUACGAGUACGAACCGUAGCAGUGGAGGGAGACAAAGAAAUGCUCGGAAGUCUUGUCGUACGAGUACGACUAGAUCUUGCUGGCGAUCGAUUCUUCUGCUUCCCCUAGGCAAUCACCUUUCAACACACUAAUACUUCUACACUUUAUUACCAUCAUGGCAAAAACGAUACGAAAGCCACUUACGCAAUUGACUGUUCGGGGAAACUCCACGGCGGCCAGCGACAUCGAAACUGCCAUCGCUGCAGUCGCUGCCGCAAGUCACAAUAACAUCGAUGCAAGCGAUAAUGCAAGCGAUAAUGCAAAUGAUGGCGCAAUUACGGCGGUAAAAAAUGGCGGAGCUGGUGGUGGCAACACGCUGGAUCUUUACGAUGUGUUCCUGACGCCAACGCUGGUAGAAGAGGUCAUCGAGUUGAUCCGAUUGCACUCCGAAUGGGAAUCGAUCAUUGUAUGGAAUUGCGCCGGCGACCCCGGGUUGUGCGCGGAUCUCUUCCUGGCCUGCACCACCCACCAGAACAUAAAAUCCUUCGCACUGAAACCHACRCCCGGCAACACCUCGAUGCCAACUCCGGCCGCGACGAUGGAUGCGCUGGCGUACGGGAUCAAGUACAACUCUCGCUUGACGAAACUGGAAAUGCGGGGCCUUCGAUUGAACGUUGCCGUGGCAGAUUUGAUCUCCAGGGCGUUGCUGAGGAAUACUACCCUGCGCGAACUGGGAAUGGACGAAACCCAUUUCUUGCUGGAGCCCGACACCGGCGACAACGUGCAGAAAAACUCGGCGGUCCAAAUUCUUUCCUUUGGUCUGAGGUUCAACAAGUCGAUCGAAUGCCUCUCCUUCGAUUACUGCGUCAACCUCGAAGACGAGGACGUCGCCAUGCUGAUCAAUGCCGUCAAUUCGUACGACACAAUUCUGCGCCGCCUGUCUCUCCAGUACAGCCCGUGCAUGAGCGAGGGAAUGGGGGCGAUCGCCGAUUUGCUGCGGGGAAAYGUCAUAGAAGACCUCGACCUGAGCUAUCUCGUGCGGCGUCGCAAGCGUCCCAAGAAGGAAACGGAGAAAAAAGAGGACGAGACCAAAACGMAGGAAGACGACGACAAGGAAGCCGCACAGGAAGAGACRCAAGAGAGCGAAGAAGAGAGCGAUGGAGGCGAAAGCACAACCGAUGCCGAGCCCAAAUCGGAACCAGAAACAGAAAAAACGGACGACGUGGACAGAGCGGAACAACAGAAAGUGGGAAAGGCCGAAUCGGACAAGGAGGACGACCCGCACAAACUCAGGAACACGUCUCUCAAGCGUCUGGCCAUGGUGGGCAACGGUCUCAACGACGACUACCUGGUGGGCCUGCUCGACAUUUUCACUCCGAAACGCAAGAAGGGCAACCCCGGGGAGCUGGAAUACUCSAACCUCGAGGAACUGAAYCUGUUCGGGAACCGGUUCUCGAACUACGGAAUCAAGGAGCUGCUGAAAUCGCUGCCACGAUUCCCCUUCAUGCAGCGCCUCUACCUGGGCUUCCAGCAGGCACCGGCCGUGUCGCCGCUGCUCGCGAGGCUCGCCUCCGGAACCGAUCGGACCGAGCCGUUCACCCCGGGCUCCCUGGAGAAGGAAUUUGUCCGGGCGGUCGCCGACGUCCCCGAAAACUUCCGGCUGGCCGAGGUCCACAUCAUGGCCAAGACGAAAGAGGACAAGGCCGUGAACCGGAUUCUGAGGUACUACACGAGGCUCAACUCCGCCGGGCGGAGGAUACUGGCUGCCCCCCCGGGGGGUUCGUCCGGCGGAAGCGGCAACCCUUGUCCGGUGCCGACGAAGAACGUCCCCCUCGGUCUGUGGCCGCUGGUUUUGGAACGGGCGAACAAGCUGCACCCGCUGCCGUCCUCCUCGUCUCCGGGAAGCGCGGYGCAAGCGAAGGAACCCAGCGACGAUCCAGAGAAUGCUCUCCACGCGGGAGACGUGGYKUUUUGCCUCCUCCACGGGCCGAUGCUGUUCGAGAAUCCGUACCUGGUGGGCAACGAUGGACAAUAACACGGCAAACCACGGGGUUGGGUUCCCUCUGGUUUCUCGGUAGCUUUUACGAAAUUUAAAUCAAAUGCUUUUUGAUCAAUCUUCUCUUUUUCUACAACACUUUCAGUACUUCACUUCACUUGGUUUUCAGUGAUGUGUUCGUUAUCCUGUCGGUCGGAGCUAGUUCAAGAAUGCUCCGAACAAGAAUGUUCCUCUAUGAAUGACUACUACUGGCGGUUUUAGGAAGAAGAAGAAUUCCUGCUCCUCUCCUUCUUCUGCUGCCUGCUGCUGCAAUACCAGAAUUUACCACACCAGAGUAAGAAAAGCAAGAACAAGCAUAAACUACUAUUACGAACCRGAACAACAUGACAUAACAUGACACAAAAUGACAUGAUAUGACAUACCACACCAGAGAAAGGAAAGCAAGAAAAAGCUCAAACUACUAUUACUAACCAGAAYAACAUGACAUAAAAUGACAUGACAUGACAUGACAUAAUAUGACACGAUUUAGGCUCACAAUGACAUGCUAUUGCACCAAUGCUGCCUUUAGGCGAAACAUGGUUAAAUGCAUAGUAUUGUAUUGGUCUGCUUCGGGGGCACUGGAAGUCGAAGGUGUCAUCGCACGCCACCACCAGCAAUGAGUUACACUGUAUAAGCUGGCAUCUCAUUCCCGUAACUUUAUUGUCUUGCCAUGUUCCAUAGUUAAAACCCUACUGCCUCUARAACUAAAUAGAUUGCUCCGGAAAGUUUCUUGAAAAUCCACCCCCCAGACCCCCCUUCCGCUGAAGCGAAAAAAUUAGUCUUCGACUU